UUUGGUUAGGGCGAUGGACGACCGACGGCGCGCCGGCAGCGACGCCGCCGGAGAGGAUGGCGGUGUCAACGACAAGAUCACCGUACGACCAGAAUUCGUGCUGGGGGUUCGCGGGGCCGUCCAAAGCAACGUCGAGUUUGGGUCGGACACGCACUUGCUCUUUCCCGCGGCCCACCACGUGUGUCUGUUCAAUUUGGACAGACGGACCAUGGAGUUCUUGCACCCGACGCGCGGGAUUCGCAGUGUUCAGAGCAUGUGUGUGUCUGCCAACAAGGAGCUGUUAGCCGUGUGUGAGCAGCAGGCGGUGCGGUAUUCCAAGAGCAUCAGCGACCAAUUGGGGGUGAGUCCCAACCAGAUCUCCAUCUACAAGCUGUCGUCGCGGUCGCGGCUCAAGACGUUGCCGUCGCAGUCGCACUCGCCGAUUCUGUCGGUGGCGUUCUCGGCCGACAACAAGACCCUCGCGACGCUCGAAGACGCGCCGUCGUACCGUAUCGGGUACUGGAAGUGGAGCACGUCGAAACUGGUCGCCCACGCGCAGUGUCCGUCGCGAGGCAUGCGGAUCCGUAUUUGCCCCGUGAACGCCAACUUUGUGACGAUUUCCGGACCCAUGGUACUGCGGGCAUGGACACUCUCGUCGGCGGGGGACCUCCGCAUGACCAACUUGAUCCCGCAGAUCCGGGAACAAGAGCACUUUGUCGACCACGUGUGGGUGCGCGAGUUUCUCGUGACUGUGUCCGAGAUAGGCACCCUCCUCACGUUCCGCGCCACCGACGACGACGGCGUCGAGCUUGUUCACUCGACCAAACUCAGUCAGCUAUCUGCCCACUUGACCCUCGGCAAGAUUGAGACCAUCACGGCCAGCUCCAAAGGGUUUGUCUUGGCGGGCGCCGCCGGGUGUUUUGGGGUGUUUGAAUUUUCGGACGACCCGAAAGACCCGUUCAUUUUGAUCCGCGCCUUGUCUGCCGGAGACAUGACCAUCGAGAGCCUGGCCAUCUCGCCCAACUGCGAUACGGUCGUGGCAUAUACAAGCAACCAGCGACUCGUGACUUUUGCCAUGGGUUCCAUCGACAUCGUCCAAGACAACUCACACGCUGAAUUCCGAGAUUUAAUCCCCAAUGGUACACACUGUGGCGGCAUCUUGACGUUUGACAUUUGCCUGCAAAAGCCGAUCAUUGUCACAUGCGGCACAGACAAGACGAUUCGGUCGUGGAACUACCACUUGGCCGCGUACGAGGUAGUGGCGCAGCUGUCGGAGGAGCCGACGACCAUCAGUUUGCACCCCGCGGGGUUCCAGAUUGCCAUUGCGUUCAAGGAGCGUGUGCGGCUGUACAACAUCCUUCAAGACGGACUGCGCGUGCUGCGCGAAGUGUCGAUGAAAGCCGCCAACGUGCUCCAGUUUGCCCACGGCGGGCACCUCUUGGCCUGUGGCGCCGGCCUCAACGUGUACAUUUACCGCACGCAUUCGUGCGACCUCGUCCACACGUUCACGGGGCACAUCAACGUGAUUCAAUGCCUACGGUGGACAAUCGACGACAGCAUCUUGUACUCGGCGGGCAAUGACGGAGCCAUAUACUGCUGGAACAUCCACACUGGCAACCGUUGCGAUGACAUGCAGCUCGUGGUGAAACAUACUAAGUUUACGUCGGCGGUCAUCGACGCAGACAACCCCAAGUACGUGGCGGUGGGGGGCUCGGACGGCAAGUUGCGCGAAAUCAUUGCCGGCGAAGAAGCGAAUUGCGUCGAUGUUGGCACCCCCCUGACCCACCUUGCCUUGACAAAGUCGAAUCGAUGGCUAUUUGUGUCCACUCGAGUGGGGACCGUCUAUGUCUUUGCGUGGCCAUUGGGGGCUCAGACGACCCCCGUCCACGACAUUUCCGUGCACAGUGAACCCAUCACCCAGCUUUGUCUCACCGACGACGAUCGGUACUUGAUCAGCUCGUCAGACGACGGAUGCGUGAGCAUCUUUCGUGUGGACGACAACUCGGGGUAUUUGGAUGUGGAUCUCGUGCACCGCAAGCUGCCGGCCAUGACGACGGACGCGGUGCUCGUGUCGCGCGAAGAGAUCGAAGACAAGAACGAGCAGCUGACCGACCUCCAGCAAAAAUACGAACAAGUCAAGAGCGACAUGGACUUUUCAUUGCACUCGAAGGAAAACGAGUGGAUCGACCGGCUGCGGUUCUUAAAAGAAGAGUGCGAGCGGUCGCUAGUUCAAGAGCGAAUUCGAUAUGAAGAGUUGGAGCAGCGGUACCAGAAUUCCCUGCGCAAACACAGCGACGAGGUUGCGCAGAAAGAGUCGAACCACGCUACGUUUUCGCAAGAACUCGAAAACCGAUACGAGCACAAACUGGCCAUGGAAAUAGCUCGGUACGACCGGCUGUCGGAAGAGAUGGAGACCACGCGGCAGCAAUGCGCCAUGUUAAUUGAAGCGCAAGACAAGCAGCAAAAGGUCGUCUUGGAGAACGAGCGGCGCGCCGCCAACUCUCGCGCCAAGGAGCAGGUGGAGCUGAUCAAGCGGGUGAAGGAAGAUUUGACGUACAACCACGUGAAGUUUGAGGAGAUUUUGAGUCAGCAGGAAGAAGACUAUGAGUUUCAAAUCCAAAAGCUCAAGCAAGAAUACGAAGGCCAGUUGACGGUGGAGCGCCAGAACACGGCCAUCAAGGAGACGCAAAUCACGGGCAAAAACAGCAAAAUCGACUCACUCAAGAAGAAAAUUCAAGAGCUCAAGGCGAAUGCAUCGGCACGGGACAUCCUCUUGUCCACGGAGAAGGCCAAGACGGUUAAACUGGAGACGGCGCUGGCCAACUACGAGCGGCACUUUGACGGGCUGCAGGGCAGCAUUGACGAAAAGGAAAAGGCGGUGCAAGGCCUGAAAGCAUCCAACCGGGUCUUGGAAAGCUUUCGAUUUGUACUGGACCACCGCGUGGAGGAACUGCAAAGUGAAAAGUCGCCGAUGCAAAAACUCAUUUCUGGCCUCGAAUCGCACAUCCACGACGUGCAAGAGGAAAUGGUCGACCAGUUUCAUCAAAAAGACUUGGCCGAAGAAACGCUGGCGUCCAAGGAAAUCAAGAUCAAAGCACUUACGAACGAAGUCAACGCCCUGCGCCUUAUCACGCGCAAAAAAGAGUCUGAGAUCGGUGCCAUGUCGAGGGAAUUUGCCCGGAUUGUGUUGAUUUCAAACCCCAAGGAACUCGAACGCGCCGUGAAGGAGGCGUACAUUGUAUAUGUCAAGGGGGAGGCCCCCAAGGAUAAGCGCACCCGCAGCAUCUUGAGCUCGUCUUCAAAGGGCGACGACGACCCCCAGUCCCAUGCGGCUCUGGCCGGCCUCGGCGGCGACGACAACCGCGAAGUGGUCCAAGAAGCAUGCAAGCAAAUGCAGUUUAUGCACCGAUCCGUGAGCACGCUCAAGAACGCGCUGCACCACGCCAAGGCGGAAGCCGACCACCGCCACCGCGAAGCCGUCACGGAAGGCAACAUCCUGCUCCAGGACAUGAACCAUUUGAGGAAAGCCAACAAAACGCUUGAGCUCAAGGUGAAAGAGAUGGAGAGCGCGCUGUACUUGGCCACCCAAUCCCAUGAUGGCAAAAAGAAGUCCAAACUGCCACAACAGCAGUUAAAUGUCGAUGCCAAGCCAGGAGGCAGCUUCCUGUCGCCGCUCAAAAAGUCGGCGUCGGCGGCGCUGACCGCCCAGCGUCUAGUCGUGGGCAGUGUCUUGCCGUUUCGAGCGAUCGAACAGGCCAAAGACGCGUCGAGAGUGAUCAACGCCGCGACGGCGAUGGAGUAUCGCCAGCAAAUUGACGCGCAAAGGAAAGAAAUCCAGCGGCUCAAAACCCAAGUGGGGCUUCUCCUCAAUGAGAACGCGACCAACGGCGACCCAGCCACCACCACCACGAGCACAAACCACCCCGAUGUAUUAUCUGCUACCAACUCAAAGGCCAAGGGAGUUCACCUGUCUGCCACCCAAACGGCUCAUAGCAUUACAAGGCGGCAGUCGUUCGUGUUUUCGAGCGAUCCAUCCUUUGCCAACGAGCCCAACCUCGACCAACAUCACUGCGACAACUCAAGUUCCCCCAACAAGAGUGACAGCGCCGCUGCAACAUAAUCAUGUUUCAGUCUAAACUGUAGUAGUCUUGGUCGAGCUGGGUUACUAGCAUACAGUACAGUACCAAUGUCCCGACAGUAGUGCAGACUGACAUUCCGACGUUAUCCGAGCUAGAGCGUUCUUUCCGUCGACUACUUCUUUACGCCAAUGAAUGAACGAUGGCGAGGUUCGUACAGUAGCUGCGAAUCCAAUCGAAACAUCAUUCGUGUCUGACAAA